AUGUUUGCUCGAACCAAGCAUUGGGACUUGCGAAAGCAUGACAAGUUUACUGAUCUGAAGAAUUGGCUACCUAUUCUACUAGAGCCAGUGCCAGCGAACUAUGCCAAUUUGCUAAAGACCUACAAGGCCAUUGAAGAAAUGAAGGGUUUGCCGUGUGCCAUUCCAAUGAAUGCUGCAAUUUCCUUCGAUCUAACCACACUGAAUGUGCCUUUUGCCGAUACGAUACUUCGGAAAACGCACAUCAAGAGUGCUCUCAAUGGCAUUUUGGAUUGUGAAUACUCCAAGAAGUUCUUUGGUACGAAACGAUACGAACAGUGCAUCCUCAAGGAUCCACUGCCAUGCGGUCCUGUCAGGAAGCUUGUUCAGGAAAGAGCCCCAUAUCUUCCAAAGGAUGUUUUCAUUGCAAUGGUCCAAAUUGAUGUGGAUGCCUACGAGUACAUUCUCCUCGAUGGAUUGGUCAAGGAAUUGAAUGAUAAUCCCUUGCCUCCCAUUAUUCACUUUGAAAACAAGGUAAUGAAGGAAUUGGAUCAGAAAAGUCCAUUGUCAACCGGUGGAAAGCGUAUUCAAAAGGCCCUUGAAACCCUUUCGAAUGCGGGAUAUCAAGUUUACGAGGAAGGGGAAGAUACAUUGGCAUGCUUGCUUCCCGAAGCCUGGAUCGCAGAACCAUACUAG